UAUGUAAUCUCACAAAAUAAUUCGAUGUUUAGAUAAACAACAAUCUUUACUAUUCGAUUAUUGCUUCAAUAAAUAUAUAAAAUUAUAUUAUCCUUCUGUGGAUUUAUUUUCGUCAAAAAUCUUGCGAACCUUCAUAUCAUGUGUAUCAAAGAAGACCGCCUUCAUGUCAACAUUGGUCAACAUAACCAUAACCAAACACAACUGCACGUGUUUUAAGAGUACAGUCUGACGACAAGCGAAAAGUAAAUACAUAUUUGACAGUAUGGAUAUCGUACAGUCAGUUUUGGAAAAUAAAACGCAGGAGAAGGAUUCGCGUAAAUCGAUCGAAGUGAACAAGGAUGUGGAUGUUGAAACAGACCUGGGAACUCUUCUAGCAUUAGAUUACAAUAAUCUCAACAUAAAAACACUAAAAUCCGAGAAGGAAAAAUACUUAACAAGUUUGACAAGAGAUAAUGUCCAGAUAUUGAUUAAUAAAAUUUGGGAACUUCCGAUAGAGCGAGUCGAGGAGAUAAUAGUGGCAAAAUUACCAAAACCUAAGUAUGUGUUGCCUAGAGCCAGACAGAUUCCGAAACCAAAACCGUUAACCAAAUGGCAACAGUUUGCCAAGGAAAAAGGCAUCACAUCUAAAAAGAAAAAUAAGUCUAAACUUAAAUGGGAUGAUGAAUUACAGAAAUGGAUACCCACAUUCGGUUACAAACGUACUAAAGCCGAGGAACAGAAGGACUGGUUGGUUGAAGUUAACGACGAUAGUAAGGUCAUGGACGAUCCAUUUGCAAAAGCGAAGGCAGCAAAAGUAGAAAGACAAUCCAAGAACGAACUACAAAGACUUCGUAACAUUGCCAAAGCAAGAAAUAUUAAAGUACCGCAAGUAGGUCUUCCUACAAAGGAAUAUUUCCCUGAUUCCCGACAGCUAUCUCAAGCCAUCACAGUGGCCCGAACAUCGACAGCGUCUGUUGGCAAAUUCCAAAAUAGGUUACCAAAAGAAAAGGAUGCUAAAGGUAUUGCAAAGCAAGUGCCUGGCAUGAAACGGAAAGCAGAGGCACCUCCACGAAAUUUACAAGAUGAGAAGAAACGUAACAAAGAUUUAGCGGAUAAUAUCCUCAAUAGCAACGCUAAAAUUUUCCGCGAGGACUUCUCUGUUCCAAAAGUGAAACCUGUCAAGUCAAAAGGCAAGGUAAAGAAAGGCAAAAAGGGAGUGAGGAGCACAGGAGCGAAGAAACCAAAAGCAGGAAAAGGAAAACGUGACAUGCGUCUGAAAAUGGGUGGUAGAAAACGAAGAUAGAAACGUUCGAUUUCAUCGUUCGUUUCUCAUAUAUCUAAAUCCAUUUGUUUCGUCGGCUAUAAGCAUUAUUAUUAACGGAACUUCGAUGCACAUUAUUAAGAUGUUUAAUAUACUAUAAGUGAGGACAACAUUGAAAUAAACGAUACCACAAGAA